UCGAGUCUUGUGCCCACGUGGUCACGGUUUCCCAUGUGAGAGAAAUCUCUUCCCCUUUGGCAAAUAUCUUAAAAAUAAAUUAAUCUCCGUUCAUUCUUUAAUUUUUUAUGUUGGGCUAGCAGUGAAAAUUAAAGGAUAGAUGAUAUGUCGGACAAAGUCGAAUUUAAGAUCAACAAGAAAUUCGCAGAGAAGUACGAGAAAUACAGACAGAAGGAGGAGUUGCAGAGACUGAAGGAUCGCUAUGGCAAUCAAGGCGAGGACAGCCAGUCCGGCUCCUCGGAUUCGGCAUCGGACGACAGCGAUGUGGAGCUGGACCCCAGGCUGGAGAGAGACUUCUACAGAACGCUGUCCCUGCUCAAGAAGAAGGACCCCAGGGUCUACCAGAAAGAUGCCAGCUUCUACUCCGACAGAGAGUCGGACUCAGCCAGUGAAGAGAAGGCGAGGAGCUCAAAGAAGACCGAGAAGCCCAUGUACCUGAAAGACUACGAGCGGAAAGUCAUUCUGGAGAGGGCGGGCAAAUAUGAAGACGAGGAGGAGGAGAGCGAUGAUGAGGAGGUGAAGAGGAGGAAGGAGAGAGCCGCCUGCCCCAGCUACAUCCAGGAGCAGAAGCAGCUGAGAGACAGUUUCCGGAAGUUCGUGGAGGACAGCGAUGACGAUGGCAGCAGCGAGGGCGCAGAACUGUUGACUCGGAGAGUAAAAACCCAGGAGGAGAAGGACAAGGAGGAGUCUGAUUACGUGGAGUGGCUGAAGGGGCAGGCGGAGCUGGAGGAGGCUGGUGGGGUCCAGGACAUGAAGUACCUGCGGGAUUACUGGAACGACCCCCAGCUGGAUGAGAAGGAGCGCUUCCUCAGGGAUUAUAUCCUCAACAAGGGUUACCUGGGUGAAGAGGAGGAAGAGAGGAUCCCGACCUACGACGAGAUCGUACAGGAGGAGAUCGAGGACUCAGAGGAGGAGGGAGAGUCCUUUCUGGUCCGGCAGGAGGACUUUGAGAGGAAGUACAACUUCCGCUUUGAGGAGCCCGAUGGCCUGCAGAUCAAGACGUACCCUCGCACCAUCGCCACCUCUGUCAGGACCAAAGAUGACAGGAGGAAGCGCAAGAGGGAGGAGGUCAAGGACAGAAAGAAGAAGGAAAAGGAGCAGAAGCAGGAGGAAUUGAAGCAGCUGAAAAACCUGAAGAGGAAGGAGAUCAUGGAGAAGCUGCGUCAGCUGCAGGAACUGACUGGCAACUCCAGCCUAGCCUUCAGCCAGGGCGACCUGGAGGGGGACUUCGACCCCCAGCAUCACGACCAGCUCAUGCAGCGGGUCUUUGGAGAUGAUUACUACGAGGAAGGGGAGGCAGAGAAGCCCCAGUUCGAUGAGGAAGAGGAACUGGAUGGGGAGUGGAACUGGGACACCUGGACUGGGCCCGGCGAGGCAGAGGAGGCACCGGAGCAGGAGGAAGAGUACGAGAGCUUGGAGCCUUACUGUGAAGACCCCAACUUCAUCAUGGAUGCUGACUAUGACCCCAGCCAGCAGCCCACUUCCUCCAAGAAAAAGAAGAAGAAGGAGAAGCUGAAGAAGAAGAUGACGAAGGAGGAUGUGCCGCAGAUGGGGAAGAGACGCCGCAAGUCUCACUUCGCCGAGGUCAUCACAAAGGACAAGCCGGUGUUUGACCCCACGGAGAAGACUUUCGAGGAGUACCUGGACGAGUUCUACCGCCUGGACUUCGAGGACAUCAUCGAUGACCUGCCUUGCCGGUUCCGCUACAGGCAGGUGGUGCCCAAUGACUUUGGGCUGUCCAUGGAGGAGAUCUUGGCUGCGGACGAGAAGGAGCUGAACCGCUGGUGCUCCUUGAAGAAGACCUGCAUGUACAGGUCGGAGAAGGAGGAGCUGGGCGAUGUGAAGAACUACAAGAUAAAGGCCCAGAAUAUAGGGAAGAAGAAGCAGGUCCUCAAAUCCCUAACUAUUGAUGAGGAAGAAGCGCUACGCGUGCAGACAGAGGGGAAGACGAAAAUGGGAAAGAAGAGGAGGGAUCGACUGAGGAAACAGAAGGGCAGGGAAGGAGAGGAGGAGGAGCAGGAGGAAGAGGAAGACAAGGCGGGGCCCAGCCUAGAGGGGGCUGAGUCGCACAGCGCCAACAAGACUCUAGCUUCCACAGAACCGGAGGAGGAACAGGGAUUCUCCACUCCAAAGAAAAGAAGGAGAGAGGUUGACAGCGAGGGAGAGAAGCAGAAUGGGCUCCCGGGAAGAGUGAAGGGAAAGGACGGGACCAAGAAACGCAGGCAGCCGGGAGGACGCCUAAUACGGAGGUCCUUGAAGGUGAAAGUGGGCGGCCGAGAGUUCUCCAGGCAGAGACUCAGGGCCUACGGGCUCAACCCCAAGAGGUUGCACUUCAAGCACCUGAACAGGCAGAAACGCAAAGAUCAGGAGAAGAAGGAAAAGAGUCAGACCAAAUAGUGUGCCGGCUGCAGGAACUAAGGGGUUUUCAAACACCAGCACACAAAAGAGAUAAUGUAUCCCCAUUGGAAAUCCAAAGUAUUGAAGCCCUCUUAAGAGUUCAGUGCAGCCAGAGUUCAGGGAUUGUGAGAAGGUCAAAUCUAAGGCUACAUGGCAAUUAAAAUGGGUCUCCGUAAAUGUGCAACACUUGUGUUCCAACAUUGACCUCUGCAGGUGACUGCAUGCCCAGUGUCUUGAUCUGACCUGAGCAAAGACUUCAUGCGGUCAUGAGAAUAUAAUUGGGCCAGAGCAUUUUGUAAAGAAAUUGCAGGCAGCUUUGUGCAGCAUUUGCAAUUUUCCAUUUCUCCACCCAUUUGAAAAUGUAUCUCGGCAGUUCGCUCUUUUUGAUUGUGAGUGAUGUGGGUUAUGAUGUGGGGUGCACAACAUUGAACAGAACAACACAGAAGAACAAAAGCAUGAGUUCCCCUCUUCAGAUAAAGCACUGUGAUCAUUGUAUUUCACUUCCAGUCUUCAGAAAUUGAAUUUCCAGGUCGGGACCUGUUCUGCCGUCCCCAGUGAAAUGCAUGAAUUCUUGGGAGAUGUUGGGUUGAAUUUUAAUAUAGUUAAAAAAUGUACCUGAUAAAAAUGAAUUCUGUUUA